AUGCUGACAAAACACGGAGAAGUUAAAGUAGAAGUUGAGGAAGAAAAAACCUUAAAAGACCCACAGCAAUUAAUCACUUUAACCAGUGGUGCAAACUCAAACGAUUUAAAGAACAACAUUGACUUUUAUACUGAGAAAUCAAAAGAGAAAUUGAAGCAAAGCAAGUUGCCCGAAAGAGCUAAUAAACUAAUGUCGCAACCCAAUUGGGCGAAAAGCGGUGAAAUUAGAGAAUUUUGCAAUAAAUUAGACAAAGUAAAAGAAGUUGUUGAAACACUUUUGCAGCAGGAAAUUGAUAAAAACCCCGCUAAUAAAACGGCGUUAGAAAAUAUAAAGCAAGAAUUAAUAAAAAUAGGAGGACUUGGAACAAUUACUCCAACUACUGGAGGAGGCUUAACUCACCUAGAAAAAGAAAAAAAAGCCUUAAAAGAUGAGUUAAAAGUGAUUGUAAAUAAUUAUAAGGGCCAAGUUGAU